AUUCUGAAAGCCAUUAAUUGAUUAAACGUAUCAAUCAAUCAACAGUACACAUUUAGUAUUUCCUCGUUGAAUAUUCUCUAAUUUUCAUAUGUGAUAACUGAUACAUAUUUAAGAAAAAUAUGUGAAUUAAGAUAAAAAUACUAAUAAUUUUAUAGCAUAUAUAACUUAGCUAGUAAGUUUUUCAAAUGGCCUCUGACGAGUCGGACGAUGAACCCCUUUCCGUUUUAGCGGCUGCCAAAAAGAACAGCUCUGAAAGUUUUGAAGACCAAUAUUCGGAAAGUAAUGAUGAUGAACCUAAAAAGAAGAAAAAGAAAGAAAUACCGUUCAAAAAACUUGGUGUUACUAUUAAAAUAAAGAAAUUAACUACCGUCGUCCCGUCGGUGGUUAUUGCUAGACCUUUGGAUGUAUGGCUCUAUUUAAAGGAUUUGAAUCCAACAGGCCCUUACAGCUGCUUGCUAUGUACCGAUUGGUUCAUAAAUAGGUCGAAAAUGAUCAUGCACUAUGCUUUAAAUCACAAGAAGGAUUUCUGUGGAAUUUGCAGAUACUUUGUCCCGGACAGAGAAGCUUGGUGGAAUCAUCAAAAGUUUCAUACACCAUGGCCGUGUUCUCAAUGUGUCGAGACCUUUCCUUCAGAGUUAGCUUUGCGACAGCAUCUCAAAAGUGUGCACAAUCUAGUCCAUUGCCGUCUGUGUCAUUUCAGAGUUUCCGCUGAUGACCAUUACAAUUCUCACUUAUUCCAAAAACACAGUGUAACAAAUGUAUCUUCUAAGGAUGAGGAGCUUCUCUGGGAAUUCGAUUUUGAAGGUGCUGACAAAUUUCUCUGCUUACUCUGUUCAAAAUCUGAUAAUGCAAUCAGCAACUUUUUUGGACAUUACAUGGGUUUCCAUCACUUUACACUCAAAUGUUUGACUACAAUAGUAGCUGGAAAAGAUACACCAUUCUUGGUUAAUGGAGCUGAAGUCAGCGACCGUUUUAUCAAUGAACAACUGAAAGGACAUGAAAGGCUCGGGUAUGUUGAUUUGCAACCAAAGGGCUUUGUUCAGACACCUGUCAAUGACUCGCCGACUGAAGAACCAGUUAAAGAGGAGUCGUCUCUAGUUGUGUUACCAGAAAUUAAACAGGAAAUAAGCAGUGAUACAGAGGAAAAGCAAGAAAAGGACAAUGAAAUGAGUGAAAAGGAUGAACAAAGUCAAAAUGAUGAAACAAUAGAUUAUAAGGGUGAAGAAGAUUUCGAUAUUACCAUGACAGAGUUGAUUGUUCUUGAAAAAUGUUAUUUUAACUAUGUCCGUCAGACUCUUCUCUGUAUUGAUUCAAAUAAAAUGCCUCAGAACUCGAAUAUAGAAUACGACAAAACUAAACCUGAUUUUCUGAUAGAUACAGAAUGCUCUCUGUGUAAAACGAAACUUGAAACUGCACUCUCUCUGACAACGCAUAUGAAUAAAAUACAUAGUAUUAAAACAAUACCAGUAUUUUCUUGUAGAGUAUGUGCUACGACCUUUGAUACUUACAAUGAACUGGCAAACCAUAUAAAUGAAGAGCUAAAGGACUUCGAAGAUCUGUGGAUAUGUCAGUUCUGUGAUAAAGAGUUCAGUAACAGGGAAGAGACUAGGAAACAUUUGACAGAACAUUGGAGUACUCUGGAUUAUGAUAACUGUUUCAGUCCACAUUUGGGUUUUAAAUGCAAGUAUUGUCCGACGCUAUUUUGGAAUGAGACAGACAGAGAAACACAUCAGAUAAGAGUACAUUUUAACAAGUAUAAAGAUCAGUUUUAUAAAUGUGAACCGUGUUCGAAAACAUUUGGUGAUAAGGUUUGGUUUAUACACCAUUUCAUAGAAAAUCACCAUGAUAAGGAAGGUCAAAUGAGCUUGUAUUUACUUAAGUGCUGCUUGUGCUGCAUUGUUCUGUCAGGGGUUGAUGAAAUGAGAAGUCAUUUUGAGGAAACUCAUCCUGAACUUAGGAAACUGUAUUGUUCCUUGGACUCCUGCAUGUAUAAACCUCUGAGCCAUCGGAAAUCAUUUAAAUUACACGUUAAGAUGAUCCACGGCCCAGCAUCGAAGUCUGACAAGCCAGUUACUUGCAACGUCUGUCAACGUCAGUUCACAAGUGGUCGAGCUUGUAGCACGCACAUGGCACAAGUGCACGGUCCGGGCAAGUUUAAAUGUAAGCUGUGUAGAGAGGUGCUACAGACUAUUGACGAAAGAAAACUUCACUACCUACUUCGACAUCCUGGCCGUCAUCCUUUUGAGUGUUCAGAAUGCGGAAAAUCCUUCCAGUACAAGUCUUCGCUGUAUAUGCACAAGCAAGACCAUUUGCCUAAUAAACAAAACUAUACGUGUAGUUACUGUGGGAAAAUAUUUGCAAAAAAAGACUCUUAUAGAGAACACGUCCAGAUCCACGAGGGUCCUCGGCACGCGUGCUCCUACUGCCCCAUGCGCUUCGUGCAGCGCUCCAACAUGUUGCGUCACGAGCGCCGCCACACCGGCGAGCGCCCCUACCGCUGCGCGCACUGCCCGCGUGCCUUCGCCGACAAGGGCGCGUGCACUGCGCACACCAGGACACACUCUAGAGAUAACUCAUAUGCUUGUUUAUACUGUGGUCAGACGUUCGUCCAGAAGUCGAAGUUAACGUAUCAUAUCAGAAAACACACAGGCGAAAAUUUGGAAUCAUGUACCGUCUGCUCCAAGUUAUUUACAAGUGCAUGUUCUUUACGUGAACACAUGAAAACACAUAUCGAGAAGAGACAAAUUGUCAAAUGUCCUCUUUGCGAUAAGGGCUAUCAGGACGAGCGUUACAUGCUCCGUCACUUACGCACUUCUCACACACGUUCGCAGUUCUCAUGUCCGAUUUGUACCAAACUAUUGACAAGCGCCGCCGGUCUCAGACACCAUGUUAUCACACACAGCACACUUAAUACAUUCCGGUGUAAAUGUUGUCCUAAAUCAUAUGCAGUCAAACGAACAAUAGUGAAACACUUGAGAAAACGGCAUGGCUUGAAGGGUACAGAAAUUAACAUAAAAGAUUUCUUCACGCGAUUAGAACCAAGAGAAUGCCAACUUGACUUAGACGAAGAGACUAUGACCAGUAUAUUCGGACCUCCUAAAAAGAAGGUAGCUGAUAUAUUGAUUGGAGAUUUUGUAACAUUUUCCAAGAAGUUAACACUAGCUCAGAAUGUUGUUGAAAGUAAGGAAUCGGAGGAUGAUUCUGGUGAAGAAGCGCAGAAUGAUGAAACCAAAGACGAGGAAGAAAAGGAAAGUGAUGUAGAUGAAAAACCAUUGAUAAAUAUAAAACAGGAAGUUGAUAGUGAACUAGCUGAAGAAUUAGAACCGACGGACUUUGUCAGUGUCAAAAUUGAACCUAUUGAUGAUGAAAACAUGGAAUAACUUUUGUUAGCAAUAGUUUGCUGGAAAUGAAAUACGACAAAGAUUGUCUCCAUCCUGUCGCAUUCAACCUCAAUUUUCUGUUAGAAAAAGUUUACCAUGAUUUGAAUCGCUAUAAAAUGUACCUAUGCAUGAAAUGAUUACGAGGAAUGUUUUAUUGCUGCAUUACUAUCUAAUAAUAUGCGAUGGGUUAUAACUAACCGAAGUUGUAGUUAGAAAAUUUCAGUAUUUUUAAGUAUAAUCUACAUUUAAUAUAUUGUGUAUGUAUUUUUACCAAAAUACCUGAUUUCUCUUUUCUUUCCUCGUUUCAAUAUUACGAUUGUGUGGCUAAAUACUGUGCUAGAAAUGGUCUUUUCUAUACAAUUGUUUAUUUUGGUAUAAAGAUGUUAAAAUAAUAAUUUAUAUAAAAAAUAAGUUAUAAAUAGUAGUAAUGAAACAAUUCGUGGUAAGGAAAUGAAGUUUAGUUUUAUUCAAGCAUUGUUAGUUGUUAGCAACACACUCAGUCACUUAUACUUUCAGAUUAUUUGAUUCUCCCCAUUAUUUCAUGCACAUCUAUACCGAUAUAUGUAAUGUGUGUACAGAUAUAUGUUAUCAUUGGUCUUAGCAGCAAAAUUUUCAACUAGUAAUGUAGCAUUGUGAAGUUAAGGUCAAAACAUUUUCUAUCUAGGCAGAGAUUUUCCCCCAGCAUUGAAAUUACUCCAGAGAUUUUUAGUUCAGUUCAAUUGAUUUGUAGUUUACAUUGUUUAAAUUAAUUUGUUUAUGACACAAGCAAUUUUUCGCACUGUUAAGAUGAGGUUUUCGUAAUCUUUGAAUUUAUUUCUAAAAUCUAUUAAAAAUUAAAAUGAUUAAAGAUUCUCAAUUA